UGAUUCCCCGCAUAUUUCACAAUGGUCAAGGAAACGAAGUUCUACGACACCCUCGGGGUCUCUCCCACUGCUACCGAGGCUCAGCUUAAGACUGCCUACAAGAAGGGCGCUCUCAAGUACCACCCUGCUGACAUUGCUUCGUCACAUCAAGACAAGAACACCAACAACCCCGAUGCCGCAGAGAAGUUCAAGGAACUGUCGCACGCCUACGAGUGUCUUUCCGACCCCGAGAAGCGUCAACUGUAUGAUCAGCUCGGUGAGGAGGGCCUGGAGCAUGGCGGCGGUGGCGGCGGCAUGAACGCCGAGGAUUUGUUCUCUCAAUUCUUCUCCGGCGGCGGCGGCGGCGGCCCCUUCGGCGGAAUGUUCGGCGGUGGCAUGCGUGAACAAGGCCCCAAGAAGGCCCGCACAAUUCACCACGUGCACAAGGUUAACCUCGAGGAUAUUUACAAGGGCAAGGUGUCCAAGUUGGCGCUCCAGAAGUCCGUCAUCUGCGGUGGCUGUGAUGGCCGCGGCGGAAAGGAGGGUGCUGUCAAGGAGUGCACAGGCUGUAACGGCAGUGGUAUGAAGACUAUGAUGCGCCAGAUGGGUCCCAUGAUCCAGCGCUUCCAGACCGUCUGCCCCGACUGCAACGGCGAGGGUGAGAUUGUCCGUGAUAAGGAUCGCUGCAAGAAGUGCAAUGGCAAGAAGACCGUCGUUGAGCGUAAGGUUCUUCACGUUCACGUCGAUAAAGGUGUGCGUGAUGGUCACAAGAUUGAGUUCCGCGGCGAGGGUGAUCAGAUGCCUGGUGUCAUGCCCGGUGAUGUCGUGUUCGAGAUUGAGCAGAAGCCCCACGCCCGCUUCCAGCGCAAGGGCGACGACCUGUUCUACCAGGCUGAGAUCGAUCUGCUUACCGCUCUUGCCGGCGGUGCUGUCCACAUUGAGCACCUCGAUGAUCGGUGGAUGACUGUCAACAUCGCCCCUGGCGAGGUUAUCGUUCCUGAUGCCAUUAAGGUCAUCCACGGCCAGGGUAUGCCCUCAUUCCGCCACCACGACCACGGCAACCUGUACAUCAAGUUCGAUGUCAAGUUCCCCAAGAAGGAGGAGCUCCAGAACCUGGAUCUCCUCGAGAAGGUCCUUCCUCCUCGCUCUGAGAAGAUCGUGCCCCCGGCCGAUGCCAUGGUCGAGGACUUCGAGCUCGAGGACCCCGAUAACGAGCAAGACCAGGCCCGCGCCCACGGCGCGGCGACCGGCAUGGACGAGGAUGAUGAUGAAGUGCCCGGCGGUGCCGAGCGUGUGCAGUGUGCUUCCCAGUAA